ACGCUAAAUUUGAUACAUUGAAAUUUCGCCGACACGGGAUUUGCGAAUCACACGGGGAUUUUUUUACUACGCAGUGCCCAAAUUGCAUCAAAUUUAUCGGUUGGGAAUUGUUAUUUUCGACGUUUCUUUCGAGGUUUUUCGGUUCAUAACUGCCAUCAUGACGGAGGUGCAAUCUGGACCCGCUGAUGGCAGCAACAGUUCCACGGCCUCCUCCCCGAUCCCCAGCGCCCCCAACGCUCCGAAAUUCGGCACCAUGAUUCCCAACAGGAUAUUUGUGGGAGGCAUAUCGUUUAACACAUGUGAAGCCGAGCUCAAGAAUUUCUUCUCACAUUAUGGAAGAGUUAAAGAAACUAAGAUCAUAGCUGAUCGGGCUGGGGUGUCAAAAGGGUACGCCUUCAUCACAUUUGAGUCUCAAGAAGAGGCCGUCAGGAUUCUUAAAGAGCAGGCAAAUAACCUUGUUUUCAAAGACAAAAAGCUCAACAUUGGUCAGGCCAUCCGUAAACAGCCCAUGAACCUUCCCAAGAAUGUCGAUCCUGCGCUAAUACCCAGCGGGAUGGUUCUAACUUCUCCAUUAGGCUACAGCUACACCUACCACAAUGGGGUGGCUUACUUCAACCCAGCCGAGGUGCAAGCCGGGCCCCCGACCGCGCCCCACGGGCACCCACACCCGCCUGCCACUGCCGUCAUUCCGCAUCAUCACACCCAGCACCACACGGUUAACCCGUCGAUGGCGUACCCCCAGUACACCAUGCCGGUCAUGUUACAAGCUCCGCCCUCCUCCCACUCCCACCAUCAGUAUCUUCCUGUCACAUCCCAAACCCAGCAGGGCCAGUACUACCAGCAACCCAUCAAUACCACUCCUCAGUGGACCACAAUCCCAGGCCAGUGGCGAUGGGUCCAUCCCCAGCAGGCAGCUAGUGGGCUGACCGGUGGAAUGGUGUCCCCCCUCUACGCCACAGCUCCAGGGACUGACAUGGCCAUGUACCCAGCGCCUACCCCAGCCUACGCCCAGACACCAGGAGACGUGCCCGAGAUGCCCAUCAUGGAACCCUCACAAAAUGAGGGUGCCAUAAUAUCCAUGGACUCCCUCCAGCCACACCAGCAGCAGCAGCAGCACCCCGGUUAUCACCCCCACCACCAUCAAGGUCACCCCCACGGACAGUCCGCACCCUUCCCGGUUCCCUUCAUUGCCCCGCCCCUGCCGCCCAGGCCUUACCUGCCCGAGCUGUCGGCCACCGGCGCCCUGCCCCACCUCCUGCCCAAGAUGCCCAUCCAUCAGAACAAGUUUGCGCCCAAGCGCACCAUCAAGAUGCCACGGCGGGACCCGCGGGCGCCCAAGAUGGUGCGCAGCACCGUGGACGGCCUGCACUACACCUUAGCUCGGAUGGACGAUCACCCACCACCGGCAGUAAUGACAGUCAAUGGUUAUCCCUCCACCAUAGCACCUGAAACCUAAGAUUUUACCGGGUUCCAAAUUUUACGGAGCUGCUAAGCCAAAGAAAAAUUGCUUAGCGAAAUUUUUGGUGCGAAGCAAAAAUCAACUGAGAAUGGGUUCGGGGUGAUGUGCGACGGAACCGGGUACCCAUCUACUAGUCCCAGAUUAUGGGAUCAGGUGC